CUGUAGCACCAAAAAACAAAAAAAAAACAAAAUUUUUAAAAAAAUGAUUGUCUGAUUGGUAAUGUGUGAUGCAGGUACGAAUGUUUGAUUUGGAUUCUGAUGAAAACUUUGUACUUUCAGUCACAGGCAUUCCAUCAAGUGGGAAGGGCACUUGCAGAAUCUGUUGUCUUGCCUAUAAUGAUGCAGCCUCAACUCUUGCAGCUGCACUGAAGGAUGGUCGAGUGUAUAUGUGGCGCUACAAGGGGGACUGGAGUGCCAGUGCGAAACAGCUUGAAGAUCGUGAAGAUAGCAUUUCUCGGGAGACCUUGUGGCAGGUACACAUCUCCCGGUUCAUUGCACGUGAAACACUUUCUCACGGGAAUGAAGUUAGGUUGUGGUUGAAUGAUGAUGAUGAUGAUGAUGAUGAUGAUGAAGAUGACGAUGAUGAUGAUGACUCUAAAUCUGCUAAGAACAUAAUAAAAGAGCCCGGAUUCAGGGAGAACUUGGUGGGCGCAGAGAUGCCCAACACCGAUAAGAAGAAAAGGGGUGGGAGCUUUUCCAUGCCCAGGGUACCCUGGGUGGCUGGUGGCCGUGUGCCCCUGCUGCUGACUAUAGUGGAUUUGGGAUCGAUCAGCAGCAAGGUCACGUGGGGUCCAUCAACACGGUUUUUGGCAGCAUUGACAGAGGAAGGUGUGCAGGUUCUAGUGAGAUUUCAGCUCCAGAACCGUAUUCGAGGCAAGUUGGCACUGAUUCAGCUGUCCCCAAACCAGAUAGCAAUCGACCGCAUUGAUCGGCAGAGUGUGCACAUCCUCUUCACAUCCAUGCAAGCCACAAGGAUGGAUGCUUCUGACUCACAUGUACUUGUAUGGAAUGCGAAGUCUGCUGAAGUCCACGAGGUCAACUCGUAUGGCGUGCACCUGGCCUCCACCUUUGCAAUUUCUGGAGUUGGAGAGAUGGCUCUUCAACAGGAGUCCAUAUUCCAGGCCAACAAGGGGGUGAUUGAGAUCUGUAACCUGCAGGGUACAGUGAAGCAGACUCUGAUGUUGGAUGAUUCUCUUGGUCAUGCUACAUACAUGGAUGUCUGUGAAGAAUUCCUUGUUGCGUCAACCUCCAAUUCCUUCAUAAAGAUCUGGAAGAUAAGUGGUCGAGAGGCAAAGCCCCAUGGUCCCGGCUCUGGCCGCAAGGUGGAGAUAGAUGGAAAACCAAUUGGUCCGAUCAGAUCGCUGAGGUGCAAUUGUGAUGGCACGAAGGUCAGUAUAUUGGCAGGCAUUGAAGGUGAGGACGACAUGGAAAAACUGGAUUCGCGACUCUUUGUUUACGACUUGGAGAUUGACAAGUUCCUCGCGUACGACUUCAGGCCUUUUCACAGGAGGCCGCUGUCACAUUGCUGGGAUGGAGAGGAGCCAAAACUUAUGGCAUGUGAGACUCAGCUGGAUGUACAGCAAUUGCAGUCCGAUGGGCUCGCAGCGCGAAGCGAGACUGAGGUCCAGGUCAUAACCUUAUUUGCCACGUCAGAUCAUGGAAUUCUAUAUCAAGACAAGCUCGCUGCAAUCGAGGCUGAGGAACAACGCCAGCUGGCAGUCAAGGCUGCCCAGCUACAGGCUGACGAAGCGGCAACAGCAGAGAAGCUGCGGCUACAGGCCGAAGCAGACGCAGAUGCCCAGGCUCGCCGCAAGGAAGCCCAGGCUCUGCUGCAGCGGCAUGAAGCCAACAGCAUUGAGAAACUCAAGUACUGGCACUUUGAACCGAACGGCGACGAGCCAACACCGGAAGAGCAUCAUAAGGAGUUCAUGGCCAAGCUCGUAAGCAGGUUGGUUUACAUGUGUAACCACCUACAGUCCAAGCUGGCAAACCUUCAGCGGGUCGUGCGGAACCAUAAGAUUCAGCACGAGGAUCCCACACGGGCACUGGACGCCCGUGUACUGGGCCUGGAACAGGCUGUACCCGGACCAGAUGCUGGAGCUUCCAGCAGUGCAUCCUCUAGCCGCCAACUGGAGGAACGCGUUGACCACGAAGUGGCAAUGCUAGGAGACAUAAGUGCCUUCACAGAGCCGGCCACCAUCAGCCAGCGGUUCGAGUUGCUGAACACUAGGAUCAGUCAGCAACAGCAGACAGACCACAGCCACAACAACAGCUCGGCGAGGCCAUACAAGAUGCCGACUGCUCUGUUCAUCAACACCAAGGGAGGUUGUCAGAUCUGGCUCAGCCACAUGGCAGCCAUCCACGGCGUCCAGGUUUCAGACCUGUACGAGAAGGUCUCCUGGGAGGACAUGACAAAGGAAUGGAAGAAGCGGUUCAUCGUCGACGACGCCCCGACACUCGCCGUCAACCGCAUCUUCACGAUGGCUCAAGGGAGCACACCGACACGUGACUGGCUCACGGAUUGGCAGAAAAUCGUGGCAACGCCCGAUUUGGACUUGUCAUUUCCACAUCUGCGGCGUGAGUUCUACAACAGGUCAUGCGCCGCUCUCAGCCUCGCACUUGGUGAUCGCGAGCAGUACAGCACUUUCGCAGAGAUCAUCAACAAGGCGAGAGAGCUCAUCAAGACUGACAGGCCGGCUGCACACGAGAAGUCCACGUGGCAGCCAACCUAUGUGGAGAAGGUACGAACUGGUCCGCGACAGCAGCAGUUCGCUGCAGUCCAGUCGGACAGUGGAGAUAACCCAGCAGCCACUCCAGUAUCAAGUGACGGAGAUCAGGUGGCUGUUGUCCAGUCGCGAAGCAACAACAAGUCCCGCAACAAUGGGAAGGCGAAAUCCGCAUCGCAGGCCGGAAAUGGACAGCCAGUAUCAGCUCGGGAAACUGAGCUCCGUGGAAGACUUGAAGAGCUCGACCCAUUGACGUUCACGGACUUCCAGUGGAUGCCCGUUCCCUCGACCGGACGAUUGCCGAAACCGCAUUGCAAUGUGCUCAUGGCACAACUGCGAGAUUACUUGCACACUGCAGUACCCACUCCGUUGAUGGACGCCGGAGUAGAGGUUGUCGACCUUCACGUCUACAUUGCGAAGAUCGACCGCGAGUUCAAGACGCAAUGGUACGACGACAUCGACGCACCAUUGCUAUAUGUACGCAUUCAGAUCGGGGAAGCGACCUGCAGCGCUUUGAUCGAUUGCGGAGCAUCUCGCAACUACAUCGGCCAGGACUUCAUGGUGCGCGCCGGCCUUGGCCCACGCGUCGGGAGGAAGCCCCAGCCUACGCAAGUCACAUUGGCGCACGGUCACACGCACAAUUCAAUCGACCGGUGCAUUGACAGCGUCCCAGUGUACUUUGCCCCUCACGCAAGUGAGGCGGUGUCCUUUGACAUUUUGGACACCAAAUUCGACAUGAUCUUGGGCAUGUCAUGGYUGMGAAGCAAGGAUCACCCGGUGAACUUCUUCAACCGCACYGUUCACGUUCAUCCACGCAUCACCGAGCUUCUUGACGCCUAUAGUGACGUGUUCGAAGGCCCACAUGGAGUAGUACCGGAUCGACCCAUCCGCCACGAGAUCAUCCUCGAGGACGGGGCCGUACCUCCGCGCGGUUGCAUCUACCGAAUGAGCGAGGAAGAGUUAAGUGUGCUUCGGGCACAACUUGACGACCUACUGGAGAAAUGCUGGAUUCGGCCUAGCUCAUCGCCAUACGGUGCUCCUGUUCUCUUCGUCCGAAAGAAGAACAAGGACCUGCGGUUGUGCAUCGAUUAUCGCGAGCUCAACACGCAGACGAUCAGGAACGCCGGCCCUCUCCCACGCAUCGAUGAUCUUCUCGAGCGAUUGGGCGGCGCCCAGCUCUUCUCCAAGCUGGAUCUCAAGUCAGGGUACCACCAACUCGAGAUUCGCAAGGAGGAUCGCUACAAGACCGCGUUCAAGACACGGUAUGGGCAUUUCGAAUGGCUGGUUAUGCCAUUUGGCCUUACGAAUGCCCCGGCCACUUUCCAAGCGGCUAUGACAACGGAGUUCCGACACAUGCUGGAUCGAUACGUACUUAUCUACCUCGACGACAUCCUGGUGUACAGCCAGAAUUUGGAGGAGCAUGUGGAACACCUGCGCACCGUUUUGGAGCGGCUACGACAGGCCAAGUACAAAGCCAACCGCGACAAGUGUGAAUUCGCGCGGCAGGAGCUGGAGUACUUGGGCCAUUAUGUGACGCUACAAGGCAUCCGUCCGCUCGCGGACAAGAUCGAGGCCCUACGAGUUCCCUACCUCUACUUCUACAAGAAGCCAACCACGGAAAUGGAGGACAGAAAGGAGAGAAGAUCAUUCCACCGGGAAGCUGUCAUGCGCGAUUUUGCAGGGAUGGAGAACAUCGAUGCAAAGACAAGGAAGGCACUGUUGGGAUUCAGCUAUCAUCUGUCCAUUGGCAACAUGGAUGAGGCUUACAAGGCAGUAAAGCUUAUAAAGAACCCAUGUGUGUGGGAGAACAUGGCACAUCUUUGCAUCAAAACAAAGCGCCUCGAUGUUGCCGAUCAUUGCUUGGGAAAUAUGGGCCAUGCAAGAGGAGCAAGAGCAGCGAGAGAAGCAGCAGCUUCAGAACAGGAGGUUGAAGCUAGAGUAGCAGCUAUUGCUAUCCAGUUGGGGCUCAUCGAAGACGCGCAACAACUCUACGUUAAUUGCGGAAGAUAUGAUCUUUUGAACAACCUCUAUCAGGCGUCAGGGGAAUGGGAAAAGGCCGUCGAAGUGGCUCAAAAACAUGACCGGAUACAUCUGUCCACAACUCACUACAAGUAUGCAAAGCACCUUGAGGCCAUGGGUGACCUAACUGGAGCAAUCAAGGCAUAUCAGCUCUCAGGCACACACAGGCACGAAGUCCCGCGUCUACUAUUUGAUGCUCAGCAGCUUGAUGACUUGGAGGCAUAUAUCCACAGCAAUGGGGAUCCGCAAAUGAUGAAGUGGUGGGCCUGCUAUUGUGAAAGCCAAGGAAACAUCGAAAAGGCACUUCAGUAUUACCAUUGGGGGAGGAGAUAAGGAAGAGGAGAUUGGUUGGCAAAGAAGAAGAGCCUUGUCACUGGCCUAUGCUGGAGUACAUCAUCUUCUUCUUCUUUCUUACUUCUUCUUCUUCUUCUUCCCUCUCUCUCCUCUCAAGUUCAUUCAUUUAUUUUUGCAAUUGGACGGCAUUGUACUUUCUGAUGAAUGUAUACUUUGAAAUUGGCCAGGAUCGUAACACGAGUUGUAGCACCGGUCAGAUAUAGUAAAGAUAACUUGUACAG